AUGAACUGCCGCCCGUCACAGGUCUGUGUGGAUGAAGAGGUGGGCUGCUCUCAGACAGUGGUUCAGUGGUACUCGGAGAGGGUGACAAAGUGUGAACAAACUUUGGAUGCUGAGAAGAUUUACAUCCCAUAUGAGUCUGCAGAGAUGUGUAUUACUCAGAUAGCUCAUGACAUAGAAAGACUCAAAAGAAAACACCUGGAGAUAGUGAAGGAGUUGGAGAGUAGCUUCAAAGCAACGGCAAGAGCAAACCAGGAAUGUAUUACAGAUCGCAUCAGAUCUCAUUACCAGAACAAACUGAAUAGUCUUAAAAAGAUGCUUCGUCUUUAUCAAGAAAAAGUGGAGAUGAAGAACGCUGACUUGGACAGACAAGUGGCGGCGUUGUCUGCACAGAACAGUCAGCUGCUAGAGGAACUGAGAGCUGAGAGAAGGAGGAGUAAAGAUGAAGCAUUACAGUGGCAGAAGGAAAAGAGCAAAAUUUUGGAAAUGUUUUCAAAUAGACUGGACAUGCUGCACAACCAUCAGGCUUCAACACUGCAGGAAUUGCAGAUGGCCCGACAAGAAGUGGGAAAAGUUCAAGAGAUGCUUGUCCAGUCCCAAGAAGCCAAAGAAGCCGAGAUCUCAGAAAAGAAAGAAGCCUGCAAUGGGUCAAACACUCAGUUAGAGGGCGCCAAACUUCGCCUUGAAGAGUUAAAGGACAGUUUGUACAAAAGGGAGAGGGAGAUAACAGAGCUGCUGGAGAGUCAGAGCCCAAUUCCAUCUGUGCCUUUGCCGCCGUGUACUAUCCUACUGUCCAGUGUCAUCCAAAAGGCUAAAGCUAUUUGUAGAGUCACAGAGGAAAGCAAAGCACUUCUAACCAAAAUGAUUGAAGAGAAUCAAGUUUUCCUGAAAGAAGCCCAGGAUAAACUUGGCCAACUAGAUACAGGGGGACAAGAUAAAGACCAAUCAGAAGAAUACAAAUCACAGCUCACUUUACUACAAGAAACUGUAAAAGAGUUAGAAGUUACUCAGCUGGCGUUGUUCUGCAUAAAAACAGGACAAGCUCCUGCCAUUAGUGAGUGUGACGCCAUAUCUGAACUGGAGGAUAUUUUGGGACAAGGGACAGUCCAAACCUUAGAGGGAGUUAAAGGUUUUGCUGAGAAGUUUAUUGUUCUCCAGGAUGAGAUGAAAUUAGCGAAAGAAGAAAAAAAGAAGCUAAUUGAAAACUACACAUCUGAAAGGACAUUAAGAAAGAAGUAUUACAAUACAGUGGAAGACCUGAAAGGUAAAAUCCGAGUGUUUUGUCGUAUCCGCCCUGUUAAUCAGACAGAGGCUGCUCAGGGCAGUGCUGUUGUGGUGGAGAAAAUAGAUGAUUAUUCAGUAAAUGUGGAAACCCCCAGAGGGCCGAGGGAGUUUCAGUUUGACCAAGUGUUUAGUGCUCAGGCCACUCAAGAAGACCUGUUUCAAGACGCCAACCGGUUAAUCCAAUCUGCCAUUGAUGGCUACAACGUCUGUAUUUUUGCAUAUGGCCAAACCGGCUCUGGAAAGACUUACACUAUGGUUGGUGACAAAGAAAGGAAGAACUCAGGAAUCAUGCCAAGAUCUUUUAAUGCUAUUUUUGAUAUAAUACAAGAAAACAAGACCAAAUUCAACUUCAAGGUGUCUGCCUAUAUGCUGGAGCUGUAUAAUGACCGGCUGCAGGACCUCUUUGUGAGUCCGGGUGGAGAAGGUCUGGCCCAGAGCAAACGUGUAGAGAUCAAGAGAAACAGGAAAGGAGUGGUGUUUGCCCAGGGAGCUGAGACCAAAGAAGCAUCCAGCGCGCAGCAGCUCUAUGCUUUGUUUCAACAGGCCUGUGCUAACAGACACAUUGCAGCCACCAAGAUGAAUGUAGAGAGCUCUCGAUCCCACCUUAUAGUUGGCAUCAAAGUUGAAAGCAAGAACCUGACCAAUGGGAGCAUCAGUAGUGGAAAACUAAGCCUUGUAGAUCUGGCUGGAAGUGAAAGGGCUGCCAAGACAGGUGCUAAGGACCACAAGCUUAAGGAAGCCAACUCUAUAAACAAAUCUCUGAGUGCUUUGGGGGAUGUGAUCUCUGCCUUGUCCUCUGAACUUCCCCAUGUUCCUUACAGGAAUAGCAAACUUACACAGAUCAUGCAGGACUCACUUGGAGGUAAUGCCAAAACACUGAUGAUUGUAAAUAUAUCACCAUCAGGAUACAACCUUGAUGAGACACUGACUUCGCUCAUCUAUGCAACAAGAGUGAAAGCUAUCACCAACAAUGCUCAGAGAUUUGUGGAUAGCAAAGAGAUAGCUCACCUAAAAGAGAUAAUCUCAAAACUUAAGGCUGGACAGACUGUGGAAGAGGAGGAUAUUUGACAUUUCUGCAGUGAAGGUUUCAACACAAAUAACG